AUAAGUCUAAGCCAAAAACAACUCCCGAACACGCGCAUUGAAAGCGAGCCGUGCCAUGCCUGUCCUGCUUCUCCGGCGGCCGUCCAAGAACCUGGCCCAGGGCGUCGUCUCGUCGCACAUCCCCGACCAGCGCGCCCAGCUCGACUACGGCGAGGCGCUGCGCCAGUGGCAGGGCUACCGCGCCGUCUUUGAGGCCCACGGCUGGGCCACCCAGGUCGUCGGCGAUGGCGACGAGGGCCUGCCCGAUGCCGUCUUUGUCGAAGACUCAGUCGUGGCCGUCAAGAACCUGAGGGGCCAUGGGGGUGCAUUCAUCCUGGCCAGUCCGGGCAGCAGCAUGCGCGAGGCCGAGAUCGCAGCCGUGGACGCGCACCUGGCCGAGGCCAAGGCCAAGAACGAGAUGCCCGGGUGGUCCCUCGUCAGGAUCGAGAAGCCAGGCACGCUUGAUGGAGGCGACGUCCUCAAGGUUGCCUCGGAAGGCCGGAUCUACGUCGGGAGGAGCGCCAGGACCAACGACGAGGGCAUCCGCCAGUUCACGCGCGCCGUAGAGGGCCUAGGCUGGCGCGUCGUCGUCGUGCCGGUGUCCAAGGCGCUGCACCUGAAAUCAACCGUGACCGCGCUGGCCGACGGGACCAUCAUCGGCGCAGAGGCGCUGCUCGACGACGUGUCCCUCUUCAACAAAUUUGUCGCCAUGCCUGAGCCGCAGGGCGUGGCGGUGGUGCACCUCGACGAGCAGGGCACCAAGCUCCUCCUCUCGGCCUCGGCGCCGCGCUCGGCCGAGCUGCUCCGCGGCAUGGGCUACCACGUCGUCACGGCCGACAUCUCGCAGUUUGAGAUCCUCGAGGGCUGCCCGACGUGCCUCUCGGUGCGCGUCCGGGUGUGACUGAUGUGUCUCGCCGAAUCCCGAAGGCCCGAAAAAAAAAGCAAUCCAUCGCACUUUUUUUUAAAUUUCCCGUUUCUUCGCGGCCAGCCAGCCCUGACUCCUUCUCUAGGCCGUCGCUUGUGGCUUGUGACUUCUGCCCGUGGUCUGCCUGCAUCUCGUGACUCGCGACAGGGGACCUGCUACUAGUUACUGGAGGCCUGCGACUCGAGACUGGGGGCAGCAUGGCGUCGACGAGUGCGCCGACUGCCACGCCGCCGACUGCCACGCCGACCACGGCAGGGCCAACCACUGCCUCGCCGCCCGAGGCCACACCGCCAAAGACCAUCGUCAUCAAGCUCGGCACCUCGUCGAUCCUCUCCGAGCACACGCACCAGCCCAAGCUCUCGAUCCUCUCGUCGCUCGUCGAGACAUGCCAUGCGCUGCGCACCGCCGGCCACCGCGUCGUGCUCGUCUGCUCGGGCGCCAUCGGCAUGGGCCGC